AUGUGGUGGUGGCUGCUUGGCGUUUCGAGCUGUGUGCUGCUGGUGGUGGUCGUGGUCUUCUUCCUGAUCACCGGGAGACGCUACAACGUGUUCAGCGAGAAGUGCCUGAGGCCCCCAGGACCCCUGGUGACUGACAGCAGGCAGAGAGACGACAGGCUGAAGAGAGGGUUUCGUGUGGACCGAGUACCCCCCGCUCUGGAUGCGGUGGUGAUUGGCAGCGGUGUGGGAGGUUUGACAGCAGCAGCGGUUCUGUCUAAAGCCGGAAAGAGGGUCCUCGUUCUGGAGCAACAUGAUCAGGCUGGAGGCUGCACACACACCUUUCAGAAUAAGGGAUUUGAGUUUGAUGUGGGUAUCCACUACCUGGGCCAGCUCCAUGAGGGCAGCCUGCUGAGGGUGGCUCUGGAUCAGAUCACAGAGGGACAGUUGCAGUUCACAAAGCUGGAGCAGCACUUUGACACACUGAUCCUGGGUCAGAAUGACCAGCGCAGGGAGUACCAUAUCCAUUCAGGGAAGACUGAGAUGGCAGAAAGCCUGAAGAAGCAGUUCCCAGGAGAGGAAGAGGCCAUUGAUGAGUUCAUGAGAUUGAUGAAGCUUGCUUCACGGCGGACGCCACUUAUCGCCACCUUGAAGAUCAUACCUUAUUGGCUUGCUAACUUCCUGGUUCGAACCGGCCUGUUGGAUCGCAUAUCUUCCGUGUUCAGCCUGGCAACAACCAGCCAUUCAGAAAUGAUGUCCCGUCUCACACAGAACAAGGACCUGCAGGCACUGUCUGCGUACCUCUUCUAUGGUGUCCCUCCUAAAGACUCCAGCUUUCUGAUCAAUGCUCUCCUUCUUCAACACUACAAGCGUGGUGCGUACUACCCACGGGGGGGCGCCAGUGAGUUUGCCUUCCACAUCAUCAAUGUCAUUGAGAAGACGGGCGGUGCUGUUCUCGUCCGGGCUCCGGUACAACGCGUCCUGCUCAACCGGCAGAACAAGGCCUAUGGUGUGACGGUGCUCAAAGGACAAGAAGAGAUUGAGGUCUAUGCCCCUGUUGUCAUUUCUAAUGCUGGCAUUUUCAACACAUUCGAGAAGUUUCUACCUCAGCCCAUACAGGAGAAACCAGAGAUCCAGUCACUGUUGGGUUUGGUGCGCCAUGGCAUGGGUUCCUUCUUGGUCUUUGUUGGUCUGGAUGGAACCAAAGAGGAGCUGGGCAUCGUUUCCACCAACUUCUGGAUGUAUAAAGACAAUGACUUGGACUCACUUAUGGAGCAAUACUCUUCCCUGAGCAGAGAUCAGGUGUUGGGGAACAUUCCCAUGAUGUUCAUCACCUUCCCAUCUGCUAAAGAUCCUACAGCCAAAUUCAGACACCCAGGUAAGUCCUGUAUGACGUUGCUAACCAUGGCUCGCUAUGAGUGGUUCGAGGAAUGGGAGGGGACAAAGCUUGGCAAGCGGGGACAGGACUACCUGGAUAUGAAGAACAGCAUGUCCCAAGAGAUGCUAGAAUGGGCACUAAAAAUCUUCCCUCAGCUGCGAGACAAGGUGGUGAUGGUGGAUGCUGCCACCCCUCUAACUAAUGUACACUAUCUGGGCGCUCCAAGAGGUGAGAUGUACGGUGCUGAACACAACUUGGAGCGCUUCAGCCCAGACACGGUUGCGAGAACACGCCCGCAGACACCGAUCGAUGGACUUUACCUGACAGGUCAGGACGUAUUCUGUAACGGCAUGGCUGGGGCUCUGCAUGGAGGACUGCUCUGCGCCUCGGCCGUCCUCAACCAGAUCCUCUACAUUGACCUUCUAGCCUUGAAGACCCGCAUCAAAAACAAACAGAAGAAUCAGAAGAAGAACUGGUAG